UGGCUCGAGUUGCAAUGUACAGACAUUAAUAUAUUAAGCGGAUAUUGCACGGUGAAAGCGAAGUAUUAUACUUUCGUUUACUUUACGGAUUUUCUUUUUCCAGAUGUAUCGCUCGCGAGAAACGAUGAUCCUACAUAAACUGAACUCUCGCAUAACACCGUUAUUUCAUAAUAUGAACGUGGUCAUGAGGCAAUGGUCAAUAAACUAUGCGCGUUCUGGACUUUUUUGGUGAGUAUCGAACAUGACUCAAUUAUUUAUUGCAUAUGUUCUUUUUGGCAAUGAUACAUGUAAACAUUACACUUGUAAUUUUCUUACACGAAACAAUGAACGCCAAGUUUUCAAUGUUAAUUGGAUGCGACGGUAUAUAGUUCAUAAUAUGUACCGAGCCAGCUUAGGCAUUCAUUAUCAACUUAUUGUUUGUUUGUUUUGUUUUUUGUUGUUGUUUUUUUUUUUAUUACAGAUAAUUUUCAUCAUUUGGUUGAUACUGGGGUAUUUACAUGAAUCCUAUAAAAUCGACUUCUGGACAAAACAAUCGACGUGUGGCAAUAAAGUGAGAGGCCGCCCGUUUUACUUUGGUUACACUGACGUGGAAUGCAUGAGAACGAUACGUAAACGUCACAAAAGAUCGUUGGUCAGUUACCCACUUCCGGAAAGGAAGUUUUGGUCUCUGAACCACAGAUGGGUUUAUUACGAGGGAUGGUACUUUGAGCUAUUCUACACACCCCACACUCGGCGACCUGCGAAAUCCAAAUUCUGCCGCACGAGGAGAGAACCUUCCCCCGCCGGAUACAGCACGAUAAAUGUCGAUUGCCUCCGGAAAUGCGCUGUAUAUUACAACAAGCGAUUCGUGCAGCGCUACAACUCGUUUACGCACAACUGUCACCACUACGCCAAUAAAAUUGCCGAGGUUUUAUGUACCUACUCUGGGACCAUGUGCCCGGAUUGGUGUGGAGAAAUGUACCUCCAAAAAGGGGACCCUCAGAUGGUGAACAAGUCAGUUACGCAAGCUCCUUCUAAAGUUAAUGUAACAGUGCAUAUCACGACAUCGAAAACCUUGCCGUAAGUUAUUAAAACACAGUGGAAAUGUCAAUUUACGGCAGUUUCUGUGUUCAUCAUGAUAUCACUAAGUGAUCAUCGUUUAUAGACUAUCAUGUAACAAUUCAUUGUUCAGCAAGGUUGAUGUAUUUUGAAGUGAUGUGCUGUGGAAGGGAAGAAACACACAACUCAACAUGCACCAACAUUCCGGAAUGUGUUCACCGUUCUCAUAAGAUCAUGUGACAGCAAGCGAGACCACUGUCAACAAAUGAUUUCCAUUUCCAUUGUUAGAACCUUUGAGAUCUUUACAAAUUGUAGUGAAAGCCAUUUCUUGUUCAAUGUGUUGCAGUUAUUAACAAAGUGCGUACGAAUCUUGAUAAAUAUAGUAUGUCUAUUUAAUUACUGGAAAUUCCGACAAAAAAAUUAAAGAAGAAUGUAAAUACGAAAAUUUUCAAUAUACAUGAGGGCAUGGGCGCUCCGGAUACCUGUAAUUUUCAAGAAGCAUUAACUCUCCUCAUGAAUCUAUUUCUUAAAAGUUUUAGAACUUCUUUUCAUGAAGUUUGGACCAAAAAUUAUGGAGAGAUAAUUAUGGUUUAAUUUCCUGAUGAACCAUUUGCAAGAUAUUUGAAUUGAACAAUAGAUUGCUAUUUUAAAAUAAAAAUACGUGUAAUAUACAAAUGCCGUACACGUUGUCCACCUACAGGUAUGUGCUAAUCCCCGCUGUGAACACUUAAUCUGUGGCCCUAUGAAUGACCCAAAACUCGAAUAAUUAAUGUCCCACCGUGCUAGAAUUCUAUUACAAUCGGAUUACGCUGCAUUAUUAGUUGUGACUUCUGCCCUACAUCCGCAGUAAAGUUAGGUUUUGCGCCUUGUUUA